CGAGCAUUUCUUAACUGAGCAGAGAGAGAGAGCAGGAGAGGAGGAGAGGGAUCACAGUUACAGAGUCGCCACUCUGGGAGAUCUGUGGACAAACGGAGGGAGAAAAACAGGAAGAGAGGAAAGGAAAGCAGUUGGAAAAGGCAGAAGAUGGUGAGUCUGUGUUGGUUGCUGGUGGUGAUGACAUAUGCCUGCGUCCCCGGGUUUGGGUCGGUGUGUUGGAACAGCUCCAUCUGCAAAGACCUGAGCAACAAGGGAAGGAUACUGGACUGUAUUCACCUCUGCAUGUCUGUGAUCCAGACUGAACUUACAGACUUCAAAGCAUUGGAUCUCAAGAGUAAUGAUGCCAGUGAUGACCUCUUACUCAGCAUCAUUCUGGCUAACCUGGCCUCGUCUGAAGACAAGAUAUCAGACUCGGAUCUGAAAGCCCACAGCGACGAGAGACGCUCCUAUUCAAUGGAGCAUUUCCGCUGGGGGAAGCCCUCUGGAGACAAAAUACCAGAGCCAAAGCUGAGGGCCCACAGUGAUGAAAGACGCUCCUACUCAAUGGAGCAUUUCCGCUGGGGGAAACCCUCCGGUCGUAAACGCCGGCCCAUUAAAGUCUUUGCCUCGUCGCUGGAGGGAGGCGUCUCCUCUGAAGGCAGUUUUCCCCCUCGGGCUCGCAGGCAGUUGAGCAGUAAUGAGGACGAAGCAAAGGGGGACCUGAAUCAAGAAAGUCAUCGGAAAGAGGGAUUCCCGAAGGCGAGGGUCAGCUCCAAGUCACAUGUCCUGUUAAACCCCCAGGAUAGGAAAGAUGGGACCUAUCGAAUGAGUCACUUCAGAUGGGGGAACCCACCUGCCUCUAAACGCAAUGGCAGCUUUAUGAAGCCGUGGGAGGAGAAACCUCAGGGGCAGCUGGCUAAGCUCUUCAGGAACAUUAUAGUCAAGGAUGUGCAGAGGAUAAUGGGAUCCAUGGAGGAGAAUGGGAGGGGGGUGGUUGAACAAGUCUAUUAGCCAAUGCAUGUUAGUGCUCACAGGGUUUCAUUUUAAAUUACAGAAACUUUUCAUUAUCAUUGGCAUGUUGUUGAAUGUCUUUUCAGGGCCAAAGGUUUGUCUCAUUAAAACAUUAACAAAAGAUGAGAAACAAGGUAGUUUUGUGUUGAAUAAAAGCAAUGAUCCGACUGCCUUGACCUUCUUGGCCUUGACUUGGAAGUUACUCAUUUAUUGUUUUGUUUGUUUUUGUGGGAAUUGUCAUUGCUGACUCAAAUGUAUUAAAAAAAAAAAAAAAAACUAAACGGAGAAUGCAAUUCCAGGGCAAGAGGUGGGUAUGAAGGACAGUAUUUUAAAAAGCAUAGCAGUUUAUUUACAGUGGUAUCUUAUUUUUUUGUAAAUUAAUAUAAUAUUAAAGAUCAUUCUGUUUGUUGCAAACAAUAA